AUUUCUGGUAAAUAAAUUUGCGUAUAGACUACCUGAUCACUGACACCCUCUAGUUCAUUCGAAAACGAGUUUUGUCGAGAAGCGCAGCUCACUCUGAAAAGUUUGAAAUAAAAUAAUCUGUAUUUUCUCUUUGUGUAAAAUUUUCAAAAAAAAUAAAGCUAAAUAAAUAUGCCUUUCACACCACAAGAAACACCAAAAUGCCCAAAAUGUGGCAAAUCAGUUUAUGCUGCUGAAGAACGGGUUGCUGGAGGUUAUAAGUUCCACAAAACUUGUUUCAAAUGUGAAAUGUGCAACAAAGCUUUAGAUUCCACUAACUGCACAGAACAUGAAAAACAAUUAUUCUGCAAAAAUUGCCAUGGCCGUAAAUACGGACCAAAAGGCUAUGGUUUCGGUGGUGGAGCGGGUUGUCUUUCAAUGGACUCAGGUGCCCAUUUACAAAGAGAAGAGCACGAAAUGCGAAAUGGAGCUAGAUUAGAACCUAAAGUCAUUGCAAAAGCACCAGAAGGUAAAGGAUGCCCUCGUUGCGGUGGCUAUGUUUAUGCAGCUGAACAAAUGUUAGCCAGAGGAAGAGGUUAUCACAGAAGGUGUUUUAAAUGUUUACUAUGUAAUAGAACGUUAGAUUCAACAAUGCAUUGCGACGGCCCCGAUAGAGAAAUAUAUUGCAGAGGUUGCUAUGCACAAAGAUUUGGUGCUCGUGGUUAUGGUCAUAUAGGAAUAUCAUCGAUUGGUUUAAUGUCGGACAUAAAAGAUGUGGAAUGGCAGAGUGAUAUGGCUCCCAAAACUACAAUUAUUGAUACAGCUAAAAUCAAAGCACCACCAGGUCAAGGUUGUCCACGUUGCGGUGGUGUAGUAUUUGCUGCCGAACAAGUCUUAUCUAAAGGCAGAGAAUGGCAUAGAAAAUGUUUCAAAUGCAAAGAUUGCACUAAAACUUUGGAUUCAAUUAUAGCGUGCGAUGGCCCUGAUAAAGAUGUAUACUGUAAAACAUGUUAUGGAAAGAAAUGGGGUCCACAUGGAUAUGGAUUUGCUUGUGGAUCUGGUUUCUUACAGACAGAUGGUUUGACUGAGGAUGAAAUAUCCCAAUCGCGCCCAUUCAUUAAUCCAGAUACAACAUCAAUUAAAGCACCUGAAGGUCAAGGUUGCCCAAGAUGUGGAGGUAUGGUUUUCGCUGCUGAACAACAAUUGUCAAAAGGUGCUUUCUGGCAUAAGAAAUGCUUUAAUUGUGCUGAUUGUCACAGACCAUUGGAUUCAAUGUUGGCGUGUGAUGGUCCUGAUAAGGAAAUUUACUGUAGAGCUUGCUAUGGUAAACUUUUUGGACCAAAAGGUUUUGGAUACGGUCAUACACCUACUUUAGUAUCUGUUAGCGGUGAAUCAACAGUAUCUUUCCCUGAAGGUAGACCAACAUGCGGUCAAAAAUCGGCCAAUGGGUGCCCACGUUGUGGAUAUGCCGUAUAUGCAGCUGAGCAAAUGAUUAGCAAAACAAGAAUUUGGCAUAAACGUUGUUUCAAUUGUGCAGACUGUAGAAAAUCAUUAGAUUCAACUAACUUAAAUGAUGGUCCAGAUGGUGAUAUUUACUGCAGAAGUUGUUACGGAAGGAAUUUCGGACCUAAGGGAGUUGGUUAUGGGCUAGGGGCUGGCACCUUAACAAUGGCCUAAAAUCAUCUACAGUAUGCAUAAACAAAUAUGUAUUAUAAAGCUCCAAAAAAAUUGAAAGCGCAAGGCAAAACAAAUUUUUCUUAAUAUUAAUAUAAAGAAAAAACGAGCUAAAACGACGGCGAAUUUUUUUUAUAGUAUAUAAUAAUUUUUUUUAAUUACUUAAUUAAUUUUUAAUAAUAUUUAAGCUAUAUAACCUUAAUUUAAGUUUUACUUUUUGUUUGUAAGUUCGACCGAGAAUAAAUAAUAAAAUAAAUAAAACAACUGGAA